AUGGCGGACUCAACCCGAGAGAUCAUCGUGAACAAUCUCUUUGGAGGCGCAAAGUUCUGGCUCGCGCACCACAUCCCUCAACGGACCAUGCUCAAAGAAACGAUUGAGAAACACGGCGGCGUUGUCGUGUUGCUAGAAAAAUAUGCUGAUGUCAAGCUUGUUGACCAUUUAAGAAAAAAGCAGCUUGCAGACACAUAUUCCUAUAAAUAUGUCGAGAAAUCUGUUCGCAAUGGAAAGCUUGAAGAUCUUGAAGACUACCGAGCAGGUCCUUCUGCUCAACGGCCAGUAGGCGCAUCAAAUAUCCCUACAAAGAAGACCAGAUCAGACUAUACCUUGAUCGACGAUCAGACUCUCUUUGACUGGUUACAUCCCUAUGAACAGGAGGAGAAUGCGCCGAUCAAUGGCAACAACAUCUACAAAAACUUGGCUGAGAGGUUCCCUCAGCAUCCAUGGCAAUCUUGGCGAGCACGAUAUCUCAAAAACCUGCGCCAUAAACCCCGCCCGGGAGGUGGAGAGCCCAGACCAGACCUCCUGGAACAUGUACCAGCAUUGGCAGCAAGAUCAGCACCACCACCAGCAGCAGCAAAGCCAGCAAAGCCAGCAACACCAGAAGUAAAGCAAGAGCCAUCAGAGACAGCAAGGUCAAUGCCCAACAUAAGCCCACCACGCAUUCCUACCGAAGGCGAACAGAUCCAACCCUCGACAAUGCCCCAAACACGGCCCGGCGAAUCGGCCAAAUUAAAAAGAAAGCGCGGAUCGUUCGCUGGGCCGCACGAGAAUCAGCGCGAUGAAGUGUGUCCACCACCUCCUAAGAGAGUAUUAGCUGGGACCCCCGAAACUAUGGAUUCUCCGGCUCAAAGUGUUUCUUCAACACACCAAACAACGCGCAAAAACUCAUUACCACAAACUACGCAACCAUCACCUACUCAAACAUCAACACAGAAAGCUCCAACAGAGCCUCGAGAUCCGCAACAAGUUCCUUCGGGUCUCUUGUUUUUAGAGUUGCCAUUCCUUCCAUCGAGCCCAGAGCCCGAAGUCGAAGAAACUGAUCAGGAAAGCAAUAUAGAUGUCAAUGACUGGAUUGAUGCCCAACUAGGACGAGGCAAUAUAGAAUUGUCCCUUGUGCUCCAAGCAUUACAAUGUACCAGUAUGAAUCCCGAAUACGCUGAACGGGUACUCGAACAUUGCGCAGCCGGGAAAGGCAUACCCACAGAUAUGCCAGGAGUAUGGACACCUGAAGAUGAUCGAUGUCUAGAGGCGGAAGAUGGGCGAGCUGUUAAAAUGGUCUAUGAAAAGCAUGGCGAAGACUUUUUCAAUGCCAGGUGGGAAUACCUUCGUUUAGCUCGUGAUGGAGGCAUUAUUUAA